AUGCCAACUGAAGGUACAAAUUUGGAAAGUUUGUUGGAACGAGUCGUUCAAAUGAACAUGAUCAUCAUCGAACAUAUGGAGGAACAAUCAAAACAAUUCCAAACUUCUCAGUUAGAAAUGCGAGCUCAACAGUCACAAAUUUUAGAACAUCUGCCUUUACGAUCAUCAACAACAACAGCAACAACCGAUUCAUCAAUUGCUACAUCAUCACACUUCAACAAGAUCAAUACCAAACCAAAGGACUACAAUGGAACCAGCACAGAAAAUGUUCUUACUUGGAUAAUAACCUUAGAUGAAAUUCUGGUCACUCGAUCAAUGAACGACGAUGAAAAAAUAUCACUUGCUGAACAACUUCGACAACAAUUAUUGAAAUUACGUCAAAAACAAUCACUCCCAGAUUAUAUUCAUUUAUUUCGAAGCAUUGUUGGUCAAGUGACUGAUAUGGACGAAUUAACACAAGUCAUGUUCUUUAUCAAUGGUUUAUCUAUCAAUACCAGUUUAUAUGUCCAAUCUAAACAUCCACAAACCGUCGAAGAUGCCAUACGUGAAGCAACUACAUAUGACAAUGUUAUGACUAUUGGUAAAAAUAGUAAUAGUAAAUACAAUCCAUUUAUCGAACAAUCUGUUAAUGUCGAAUUGAAUGCCACCAGUACACGACAACACCAUCAACAGCGUUAUACGCCAUCUUUUAAUUCUAAUACAACGAAGGAUGAUUGUUUUAAAUUUGGUCUAUGUUUUUAUUGUAAAGAACCAGGUCAUCGUGCGUUGAAAUGUCCGAAACGAUCACAACAACAUACCACAGCACCAUAUACUCAAAAAAACGAUCAGUGUUCUUCUGAUGCUCAAGAUGUUACUGAACCAAUUGUUUUUAGUUCUCCAGAUGCUCAAGAUGCUACUGAACCAAAUCGAGUUGAUUUGAUUGGCCACGAAGAUACUGUUCAUGAUAGAACAACGCCCGAUAAUGGUGAUUAUGAUAUUGAUCCACUUCGUCAAAUUAUGUCCUUGAUGACAACAAAAGAAUUCAAUCCAUCAGAAUUGCUAUUUUUAGAUGGAAAUGUCAACGGUUAUGAUAAACAUGCACUUAUUGAUUGUGGUGCGUCACAUAAUUUUAUAUCUGAAAAUUUUAUUACAUUUCAUAAUCUACCAACUCGUAAUAUUCCACCUGUUUCCGUUACUGUAGCUAACGGAAUAAUAUCACAUAUUGAUCAAGCAUUAAUGAAUUUCGAAUUAAAACUAGAUGACUUCAACGACAACAUAACAUCAGCUUAUGUUUUUCCAAUUAAGUCUGAAACAAAUUAUGACAUGAUUUUAGGUCUACCUUGGUUGUUUAAACAUAAUCCUCGUAUAGAUUGGAAAACACGAAUUAUUACAAUUAAAACAACUGAUCGUAAAUAUUUGCUUAAGACAACAAAUUUAUGUAGCAAAAUUGCCAAUGAUAUAUGUGUGGAUACUGUCGAAUGUAUUGAUAAUAUAUUAAUUAAUGCAAAACAAUUAUCAAGAUGUAAGAAAGUUUAUUUGGUGACAAUUAAGCAAACGUCCGAUUGUUACAUCAAUACAACUUCAUCAAUCGAUACAAACAUAGCUCAAUUACUUGCAGAAUUUAGCGACAUAUUUCCUGAUGAUUUAACUGAAUUACCACCAAAACGUGACAUCGAUCAUGAAAUUAAAAUAUUCGAUAAUAUAACACCACCAUCUAAACAACCAUAUCGAAUGUCACAACCAGAAUUAGCUGAAUUAAAACGCCAGUUAGAGAUUUUAUUAGACAAAGGCUUUAUUCGUGCAAGUAAAUCGCCAUAUGCUGCCCCGGUUUUAUUUGCCAAGAAAAAGGAUGAUACAUUACGUAUGUGUGUUGACUAUCGUGCACUAAAUAAACUUACAAUCAAAAAUAAAUAUCCGAUUCCACGUAUCGAUGAAAUGUUAGAUCAGCUCAAUGAUGCGAAAUGUUUUUCACGACUUGAUUUAAAAGCUGGUUAUCAUCAAAUUCGAAUCAAAGAUGAUGAUAUCGAGAAAACUGCAUUUCGUACACGUUAUGGUUCAUUCGAAUUUGUUGUAUUACCAUUCGGUUUAACAAAUGCACCACCAACUUUUAUGAGAUUAAUGAAUUCUAUUUUUCAUAAAUAUCUUGACAAAUUCGUUAUAAUCUAUCUUGAUGAUAUUUUAAUUUAUAGUAAAAAUGAAAAUGAUCAUUUAAAUCAUAUUAAAUUAGUAUUACAAUUAUUACGUGAAAAUCAAUUAUAUGUUAAUGGAACAAAGUGCCAAUUUAAUGUUGAUCAGAUUAAUUUUCUCGGUUAUGUUAUAACAUCACAUGGUAUUAAAGUCGACGAAGGUAAAGUUAUUGCUGUUAAGAACUGGCCAAUUCCACGUAAUUCAACAAAUGUACGAUCUUUCCUUGGUGCUGCAGGCUUUUAUCGGCGUUUCAUUCAAAAUUUUAGCGAAAUAGCGGCACCCUUAACUGAUUUAACAAAAGCUAAUUAUAAAUUUACGUGGACCAGCAAACAACAUACAGCAUUUGUCACAUUGAAAGAAGCAUUAUUAACAGCACCUGUUCUACGUUUACCAGAUUUUAAUUUGACAUUCAUCGUGGUAACUGAUGCCUCUGCUAUUGCUGUCGGAGGUGUAUUAAUGCAGAAUGAUGGUGAAGGUGAACGACCAAUAGCUUAUGAAUCACGUAAAUUAAAUGAUGGUGAAUCUCGUUAUCCGGUACAUGAACAAGAAUUAUUUGCCAUAAUUGUUUGUUUACGCACAUGGAGAUGUUAUCUCGAAGGUAUGAAAUUUAUUAUACGUACAGAUCAUAAAUCUUUGCAGUAUAUUUCAACUCAAAAACAUCUGUCACAUCGAAUGGUUCGUUGGGUUGAGUAUCUUCAGCAAUUCAACUUUAAGAUCGAAUAUAAAUCCGGAAAAGAAAAUGUUGUUGCUGAUGCAUUAUCACGCUUAUAUACAUCACAGUUAGUUGUUAUUGAAAACAAGCAAAAUUUAGAUUGGCCUUUAUUAAUUCCACAUUAUUUACAAUACAAGCAAUUUAGUGAUCAUAUACCAAAUGAAAUUAAAGAAUUAAUUAAAAAAGAAAUCCAUUUAUUUAUUUAUGAUGAUUCACAUGAAACCUUAUUACGCAAAUUAAAUGACGAACAAACAGCUCCAUAUAUACCAUUUAUUUCAAGAUUCGAUUUAGUUCUUAAGAUGCAUGAUGCAUAUGGACAUAUCGGAGUUGAUGGCAUCCAAGAAUUAUUAAGAACAAGAGCGUGGUGGCCCCGGAUGAAUAAUGAUAUCAAGCAAUGGAUAAAAACGUGUACUAAAUGUCAACUUAGUAUUUGUGGUAAAACAACAACGGAACCAUUACAUCCUUUAAUUCCGGUGCCAGCUUUUCAUCGAUGGAGUCUUGAUUUUAUUGGUCAGUUACCUACAACACUUAAUGGUAAUCGGUGGGUAUUAGUUGCAAUCGACCAUACAACAAAAUGGCCAAUAGUGAAAGCGGUUCAAAAUGCCAAACAUGAAAUUGUUGCUAAAUUUGUGUAUGAAGAAAUUGUUCUUAAUUUUGGUUGUCCAAUAGAAAUAAUUACUGAUCGAGGGCAAAAUUUUACCACAACAAUGUUGAAUUCUUAUUUUAAAUUGAUUGGCAUCAAACAUAUUUUAACAUCUGUGUAUCAUCCACGAUCUAACGGUGCUAUUGAAAGGUUUAAUCGUCUAUUCGGUGGUAUGUUAGCAAAAUACGUCGGUGAUAAUAAUAUUAAUCUGUGGGAUGAAUAUGUUGAUCGUGCAUUAUUAGCGUGUCGAGUCCGACAACAUCAUGCUACGGGAAAAACACCAUUUUAUAUGGUAUAUGGUGUCGAACCAAAAUUACCAGGUGAUGAACUUAUACCCAUUAUCAACGACGACGAACAGAACAACAUCGCAUCUCGUGUACAAGAAUUAAAUCAAUUAGUCAAACAACGUGAUAUUGUUCAUCAACGCCUUAAUUCAAAUGCUAUAAAAAUGAAAGCUUAUUAUGAUCGUCAAUUGAAACAUCAUCAUGUUUAUCAAUUACAACCAAAUGAUUGGGUAUUAAUACACAAUCAAAACAGAAAAAAUUCCAACCUCACUGGAUUGGACCAUACAAAAUUAAAAAGAUUUGUCCUUUAG